UUAACAAACCAGCAAAAAUGUAUCCUAGAUUACUUUUAUACGUUGCACACAUUUGCUUGCUCAAUGUCGCGUUAUCGAAAGAUCUGGACAACAUCAUCAUAGUGUUUUCGUCCGGAGCAAUUACAGCAACUAAAGUACCGAAUGAAUUGAGAAUCUAUUAUCAUCAUCCUGAUUUUGUUAAAGGGGAUACUUUGAGAGUGUAUGAUGUCGAGCCUAAAUCGUGGCGAGAGGCAACACCAAGAUUCGUGAAGAAAUUAAAAGGCGUCAGUAAAUUUGUGAGGACUGGUCUUCGAGCGCCGCCGCCCUUUGGAAUGGAUAAGUAUUACGCGAUGAUCAUCCGAAAUGAUACCUCUCUAAAGCGCUACAGUGAUCCGGGACGAUUCCACUGGAUGGAAGAUCGUAAAGCUUUGAUCGAAAAUUUGAGUCUGCCUAAUCUUUUCAUACCCGGCACCCACGAUUCUGGGUCCUACCAGCGUCCUGGUAAAGAUGGAAUUCUCAAGAAUCUUACUGCCAAUUGGGCCAUUUGCCAGGACGCAUCAAUCUACGAGCAAUUAGAAUCGGGCGUGCGAUUCCUUGACAUAAGACCCGCGUGCAAAAAGGUGAGGGGUUCCUGUAACACCUUUUAUGUGAACCAUGGACCCGUACAAAUGGUCCCCAUGAGCCAAGUUAUCCAUGAUGUUGACCUAUUCUUGAACCAAACUAAAGAGAUAGUGAUCCUCUCUGUGAAGCAAUUUCCAAGUGGUUUCGACAAUGAAAACGAUCACAUACGCUUCAUGAAGUACUUGAAAGGGGAAUUAAGUCGACAUAUUUUUGAGCAUUCACGUGCUAAGAAGGGCUGGACAACUCCAUUGAGCGAGUAUUGGUCCCAAAAUAAGAGACUGAUAAUAUCGUACACUGAGAAGGACUAUCUGGACUCAGAAACGUUCUGGCCCGGCAUAGAACAACGAUGGUGUAACUGUCGAGAAUUUUCCACUCUCCAUGACUUCCUUGAUUCUCCAGCCAAGUGGAACUCGACCGUAGUCCCCGUAGCAGACAUGGCUGAAUUAACUCAUAAUGUGGGGAGCGUUGUGACGGAUCUCACGCCGUUGACAGACAAUAGUAUACGUGCCUGGGCAGAUGAAGCUGGGGAGUUCAUUCCGGAAUGGUAUCACGAGGAAUUUAAUGCAUCCGCUAAUAUUGUUGCAGUUGAUUUUCUCCAUGCCAGUGGAAUCGUAGAUCUUGCCAUCUGGUGGAAUGAAAAAAGGGCCCAAUGGGCUCGCCGUUAGGGGUCUGAAUGAGAAUUUAAUAUCGAUGACGGAGGAAAAGAAAAUCACUACUGAUACUUGAGUUUUCAAGAAAUAUCUGUUAAUCUGAGAGAUAGUGAAAUUAAUGGAGAGACCUUUUGGGUAGCUCUCAUUUACCACUAAAAGAACGAUCUUCAGAAACAUUUUGCUACUUCCCCUUAAGGGGAAAUGGGACCCCUGUCUAUAUGAGCUUUAAGAAUUGUGUUUUCUCCUAAAAUUAUAAGUUUUUAUCUUUGGAAUUACUUUCUUGACUUGAUCAUUGAUUAUUGAGUCAAUGAAGUAGUUUCAUAAAUAAAUAAUAAUAAUUGUAGGGGAAAACACAAUUCUAAAAGUUCCUAUAGACACAGGAGUUCCGUGUCACCUUAAGGCAUAUAUUCCAAGACAAUACCAUCCAGAAGUUUGUCUCUAUAGGUUGCCGGAAAAAAUCUAAAUUGCUUAAUUUUUUGCAUGCUCAUAAGUUAUUGAGUUUUCCUAUCCUCAUAAGUUCUUGAUGAAGGUAACAAUAAGUGUUUGAAUCAAAUAAGAAAUUAUAUGUUAAUUAAUUGUUUGAACCAAGUAACUGAUUUCAUGAAAUUUCAUUUUUUCAAGUUAAAUAUUACAGAAACUAUGUAAUAUAUA